AUGGUGCUCUUCAACGACGCACUCGAGCACCUGGCUAGAGUGCACCGUGCGCUCAGAAUGCACAGAGGCUAUGUUUUAGUGAUUGGAAUCGGUGGAAGUGGGAAGAAAUCGGUGAUAAAACUGGUUGCAUUCGCAGCUAGCUAUCGUACCUUCGAAAUAAGUUUAACCAGAGGCUACAAGGAAGCUUCUUUUAUAAGCUUCUAUAAUAUGGUUGGCGUGAGCAAUGAAAAAAUUGUUUUUCUCUUCACUUCUUCUCAUAUUGUUGAUGAGAGUUUCUUGGAGCUGGUGAACAAUCUGUUGGCAGGAGUGGUACCGUCGUUGUUCACCGAUGAGGACAAGGACGAAAUUAUGAACAAUUGUAGGAACCAAACUAUGGAAGCUGGUUUCGGGGUGAACAAAAUAUUCUUCUUGGGUUUCAGAAAAAAUGUGUGGACCUAUUUCGUGAAGACUAGCCUACAAACUCUACGAAUCACAUUAUCCAUGAUUUCAUCGGGGGAUUUGUUGAGAACAAGAUGUCGUAGUUAUCCUGGUUUAGUGAACAGCACCACUAUAGACUGGAUGUUCCCAUAGCCUGAACAGGCUUUAGUAGCUGUAGCUAACGUGACACUGAGAGAUAACCCGAACGUGCCACAGACUAACAGAGUAGCUCUGGUAGAGCAUAUGGUGUUCGUUCGUAAGACUGUCUGGGACUACACGAUCGAUUUCCAAUUAAAAUUGCGCAGAAGAAAUUACGUCACGCCUAAACAUUACUUAGACUUCAUAAACACGUAUCUGAACCUCCUGGUAGAAACGAAGGAUUACAUAAAUGUGCAAUGCGAUCGACUUUCUGGAGGUCUGCAGAAGAUCGUGGAGGCGGCAUCGGUUACGUUGAACGAGCUGAACAAGAUCCUGGCGAUGCAAAGAGUAAAAGUGGCCGAUCAGACAAGAAACUGCGAGCAAUUAUUGGCUUCGAUUGGGGAAAGCACGGAUAUUGCAAUGGAGAAGAAGCGGCUAAGCGAGGAGAAGAGGCAAGAGAUAGAGGUGCAGAGGAAGAUCAUCACCAAGGAGCAAACGGAAGCGAGGAAGGCGUUGUCAGAAGCACAGCCUGCGCUCGAUGCGGCUAGAGCAGCCCUGGGAGAACUCGAGAAAGCGGACAUCAUUGAAAUUAAAUCAUUCGCAACUCCUCCAGAGCCAGUGCAAAUUCUGUCAGAAUGCGUGGCGAUGCUACGAGGCAUUAAAGAUAUCUCUUGGAAGGGUGUGAAGGGGAUGAUGAGCGAUCCAACGUUCUUGAGAAUACUGCAAGAUAAGAUUUGCGAUAAGAUCAAUUGCGAUAAGAUUACACUGAAACAGCAACAAGCGAUAAAGGCUCAUAUAAAGAAGAGUACGAAACUGGAUCAGAUGCAGUCUAUCAGUAAUGCUGGCUAUGGAUUAUACAAAUUUGUGCUAGCUGUAUUGGAUUAGUGUGCUGUUUACAGAGAGGUGAAACCAAAGAUAGAGAGAGUGAAGGACUUAGAAUCUUAAUCGGAGAAAGCUCGAAAGGCUCUAGAAAAGGAAGAGCGAGAAUUGGAAAGAAUCGAGAAGGCUAUAGCAGAGUUAAACGUGAAAUAUGAGAACGCUAUGUCUGAGAAGCAAAAAUUACAAGAGGAGACAGACCUCCUUCAGAGACGAUUAAUAGCCGCUGAUAAAUUAAUCAACGGAUUAUCCUCAGAAAAUUAACGUUGGAAGAAAGAAUUGGAAAGUCUGCAUGAACAGAUAGAAAAAAUAAUUGGCAACUGUUUACUCAGUGCUGGAUUUCUUGCUUAUUGUGGACCAUUUUCUUACGAGUACAGAAACCAGAUGUUGUACGACGUUUGGUGGAAUAGUAUUGUAACCAAGUAGAUCUCUUUUGCAGACACAUUCAGGAUCGAGACUGAAUAGAGCAAUGACGUUGAAAUUAGCAUCUGGGCUUCUGAAGACCUUCCACCGGAUGAAUUAUCCGUGCAAAACGGGAUUCUAACCAUCCGAGCAUCCAGGUUUCCUAUUUGCAUCGAUCCUCAACAGCAAGUUCUGAAUUGGAUAAAAAAAAAAGAACAAAAGAAGAAUUUGAAAGUUUUAUCGUUCAGUGAUUCAGAUUUCUUGAAACAAGUGGAACUUGCGAUUGAAUGUCUUCUAGUUUUAUUUCUGGACGUUGAUGAAGUUGAUCCUGUUUUAGAUAAUGUUCUGUCGAAAAAUAUACAAAUUAAUGGUCGAAUGUUCGUUCUUCUUGGGGAGAAGGAACUGGAUUAUGAUCCUAAAUUCCGGAUGUACCUUAUCACGAAGGUGUCAAACCCCAUGUUCGAUACAGCACUCUACGCUAAGGCUACUGCGAUCAAUUAUAUGAUGACCAUAGGAGAUCUAGAAGACCAACUCCUAUCAGUAGUGGUACUAACAGAAAGAUUAGACGUUGAGGAACAACGCGAGAGCCUAAUCGCCGAGACCAGCGAGAAUAAAAACCUGCUGCAACAGCUAGAGGACAGUCUGCUUCGUGAAAUUGUGACAAAUCAAGGCAAUAUGUUGGACAACAUCGAUUUAAUCGAAACACUGGAGAACACAAAAUCAAGCGCCUCCGAGGUGAUGCAGAAAUUAUACCUCGCUGAAGUGACAGCAGCUGACGUGAACAAACUUCGAGAUGGUUAUCGACCAGUGGCUAAAAGAGGUGCAAUUUUGUUCUUCGUUCUAGCGGACACGGCGAUGGUGAAUUCGAUGUAUCAGUACUCUUUAAUCAGCUACGUAGAAGUGUUCAUUUAUUCGCUGAGGAAAGCACUUCCGGAUCCAACGUUGAAACAACGUCUAGAGAAUAUUCUACCAAUGUUGACGAAGAAUGUUUACGAUUGCGGUUGCACGGGAAUCUUCGAGAGGCAUAAAUUGCUGUUUUCGUUUCAAAUCUGUACGAAAUUGGAACAGAGCGUUGGGAAUAUCAGCCAAAAUCAGGUGGAUUUUUUCAUCAAAGGGUGUAUUAUGUUGGAGAAGGGAGCUAAGAUUAAUCCAACUGAAUGACUGCCUGCUACUGAGUGGGCAGAUUUGUUGAAGCUGAGUCAAGAUUUGCAGAUGCAUACGAACGAGUGGCAGGCUUGGUAUGACAUGGACACUCCAGAAUCUGAAAAUUUCCCCUUGGAAUACUCUGAAAAGCUAGAAUCCUUCGAGAAACUUAUGUUGAUACGCUGUUUUCGGGUCGAUCGAGUAUAUCAAGCCAUCAUCAAUUACAUCACUCAAAUCAUGGGAGAACAAUACAUCACACCGCCUCAUAUCAGUCUCAAAUUAAUUUUCGAACAAAGUACACCCACAAUGCCUGUUGUUUUCAUCUUAAGUCCUGGAUUUGAUCCAUCCGCGGAAUUGAUGAAAUUGGCGGACAGAUACGGCUGUCAAGGCGGCAGAUUUAAAUAUCUAUCCCUUGGAUAGGGCCAAGAACAGACUGCAGUAGCGUUAUUAGAGAUACCUACACUAAGAGGACAAUGGCUGAUGCUCCAAAAUUGUCAUCUACUGUUAAGUUUUACCCGAGAAUUGGAGAAAUUAUUGGAGAACAUUGGAAAGUCUCAUCCUGAUUUCCGUUUGUGGCUCACAACCGAUCCUUCUCCCAAUUUUCCAAUUGGAAUCUUGCAACAAUCUUUAAAAGUGGUCACCGAGCCUCCAAGUGGCCUCAAGCUGAAUCUCGAGAAUACUUAUCUAAAAAUGAGGCCACAGAUACUCGAAAGUUGUGCACAUCCAACUUACAAACACUUAAUUUAUGUAUUGGCCUUCUAUCACGCAGUCGUUUAAGUGAGUCAGAGCAGGAUUGAUUAGAAUUACAACAGAAGGAGAUACGACAAGAUCGGCUGUAAUAUAAAUUAUGACUUCAACGAAUCGGAUUUCAACAUGUGCACCAUUAUUCUGAACACAUAUUUGACUAAAGCGCUUACGGCGAAUGACACUAGAUUACCAUGGAACAGCUUGAAGUAUCUCAUAGGAGAAGUAAUGUACGGUGGACGAGUAAUAGACAGCUACGAUCGCCGAGUAUCGGAAACCUACAUGGACGAGUACUUCGGUGACUUUUUGUUCGACAGCUUUCAACCCUUCCAUUUUUAUCACGACGAGCACGUAGAUUACGUGGUUCCGCCAGAAGGGGAGCGUGACGAUUACCUCCAAUUCAUCGAGGAACUUUCUCUGGUGAACAGUUCAGAGGUCUUUGUGCAUCCAAACGCCGAAAUUGGCUACUUCACUCAAACAGCGAAAGAAAUGUGGAGCAAUCUUGUGGAACUCCAGCCGUAAACUGGUGAUCACGACACUGGAAUAAGCAAGGACGAAUUUAUCGAUAACAUCGCGAAGGUUAAACUGGGCAAAGUUCCUCUCGGGUACGAUCUCAUUAAAGUGAAGAAGACUUUUGGAAUAGCCGUGACACCGACUGCAAUUGUUCUUUUCCAAGAAUUGGAGAGGUUCAAUAAAUUGAUUAGAAUGAUGAGAAAGACUCUAACGCAGUUAAGGAAAGCAAUUGCUGGAAAAAUCGGGAUGGGUAUGACUCUUAAAAAUAUAUCUGCAGCGUUGUAUAAUGGUAUGUUACCGAAAGAAUGGGCCAAACUAGCGCCAAACACGAGAAAAACUCUGACUGGAUGGAUGGAGCAUUUUGAGAAGAGGAUACAACAGUACGCUAGCUGGUCUUCUGCAUCCGAACCAAUAGUCCUAUGGCUGGCUGGUCUACACAUCCCAGAAACCUAUUUAGCAGCUCUCAUGCAAAUGGCUUGCUGCAGAAACAACUGGUCCCUUGAUCGCUCUCUCACAUAUACAGCGGUAUCGAGAUUCACUAUGCCUGAGAAAAUGGAAGAAAAACCUGACCAGGGUUGUUACGUGAGUGGACUAUAUUUGGAAGGUGCCAGAUGGGACAUGGAGGAACAAUGCCUGGAAAGAUCACAUCCGAAGAUUCUUGUUGAAAAACUACCAAUACUCAUCAUUAUUCCAGUCGAGGCUCUUAUCACAGACUUAGGCUACAGGAUAUGA